AGCAGCCUCCUCUGCAAGUAAAGUACACCUCAGUUUUUAUAUUUUUCUUUUUCCUCAAGAAGCGCAUCAAUCUCUCCCGAUCUUUCUUGUCUCUUCGCAAUCUCCAACUAUGGUGCUCGAGGCGACAAUGAUCUGCAUUGAUAAUUCGGAAUGGAUGCGAAACGGUGAUUAUGCUCCUUCGAGGUUUCAAGCUCAGGCCGAUGCCGUCAAUCUGAUUUGUGGAGCUAAAACCCAGUCUAAUCCAGAGAAUACAGUAGGAGUUCUCACCAUGGCAGGGAAAGGUGUUCGCGUUUUGGUCACUCCUACUAGUGAUCUUGGCAAGAUUCUGGCAUGCAUGCAUGGUUUAGAAAUAGGUGGUGAGAUGAACCUGGCAGCUGGCAUUCAGGUGGCUCAAUUGGCCCUCAAACAUCGCCAGAACAAGAAACAGCAACAAAGGAUUAUUGUGUUUGCUGGAAGUACUGUCAAACAUGACAAAAAGUUUUUGGAGAUAAUCGGAAGGAGAUUAAAGAAGAACAGUGUAGCCCUCGAUAUCGUCAAUUUUGGUGAAGAAGAUGAGGAGAAGUCAGAGAGGCUAGAAGCCCUGUUUAAGACUGUGAACAAUAAUGACACCAGCCACAUUGUUCAUGUUCCACCUGGUCCAAGUGCUCUUUCUGAUGUACUUAUAAGUACACCCAUCUUUACCGGGGAUGGGGAAGGUGGGAGUGGUUUUGCGGCGGCAGCAGCAGCAGCUGCUGCUGGUGGUGUCUCUGGUUUUGAUUUCGGUGUAGAUCCAAACCUGGAUCCUGAGCUUGCCCUUGCUCUUAGAGUUUCAAUGGAAGAAGAGAGGGCCAGACAAGAAGCAGCUGCUAAAAAGGCUGCUGAGGAUGCUUCCAAACAGGAAAAAGGAGGGGAAGCACAAUCCAGCUCACAAGAUGCAACUAUGACGGAGCGUGCCAGUGCUGGAACUUCUGAAGCUGAUAAUAAGAGUAAUGAUUUCAUGGAUGAUGAGAAUGCUCUGCUACAACAGGCCCUUGCAAUGUCGAUGGAUGAACCCGCUUCCAGCCAUGAGAUGCGAGACGCAGAUAUGUCUGAGGCAACUGGAGAGGAUCCAGAGUUGGCUCUAGCUCUUCAGUUGUCUGUGCAGGAGAGUGCAAAAGACUCGGGUAGCCAGAAAGAUAUGAGUAAACUAUUGGCUGACCAGUCUUUUGUGUCUUCCAUCCUAGCCUCGCUUCCAGGGGUUGACCCAAAUGAUCCUUCAGUUAAAGAUUUGCUUGCUUCCAUGCAAAACCAGUCAGAGCCUGAUCAGAAGAAGAAUGAAGACAAAGCACCGAAAGAGGAGGAGAAAUGAUGCAUAUCCUGGGUCGUCUUUCAAUGGCAGGUUUCAUUUGCUGAAUACACCCAGUUCAUGCAAUCUCUCUCCAACCACUAGUAGUGCUUAUCUCUCUACUCUGGUUGUGACCUUUAAGCUUCUAGAUUGACUUUUGGAUCAAUGUUUGCCCGGCAGGUCAUAAAGCUCUGUUUUCGUACCAGUACAUUGAUCUUUAUCAUUUGCUUGAGAAGGCUUCUGAUAAAAACGGACGGCUUUCUAGCAAAAACAAUGUGCAACAUUGAAAUGUAUCUCUGCAUUGAAUUUUAUAUUACAUAUUGUUACGUUACGUA